AUUUUACAAUAAAAUUUGUAUUAAUCGUAUUGAUAAAACAAAGAGAAUCUUAUUUCUAUUCACAUUUUAUAGAUUUCAUUAUUCGAAGUGAUCGUUCACUCACUUAUAUAUAGUUUUCGAUUUAUUAUUUAAGACGAGUGAGUAAUAAAAUUAUUUUAUAUGAACAAAAUCAUAAUUUACUUAUUUAACAAAAAAUAUUUUGAUUAACAUAAUUUUACAUUUGAUUAACAACAUUAUAUUACAGUUAUAAUUGUCACAUUUUUCUAAAUAUCACCCAUCGAAUUAAGCAAAGAAUAAUUUUACAAAUAAUGGCUUUUUUCAAUACUACUACUUUUAGUUGGGUCAAUUAAAUAAUUAAUUGACUCUAAUAAAUUAAUUAAUUCAAUACAAAUUAUGAGUUACUUAAAACAAUUUAUUUAUUUCAAAAAUUUAUAUUCUUUCAAUGGGCAUAAAUUUUGAUUUUCGCGUAUUUUUCAAAGUUGUAGAAUAACUCGAAGAGCUCAAAAAAACUUUGCCCAAGUCAAUUAGCUAACGCUUACAACUUUUUUUUUUAGAUACCUCUCAAGAUACAGCCGGACAAACGCAACAUCUUUGGAAAACAUUGGUACUAGCACUGCUCGUCAAUUCACUGAUUGGAUAGUAAUGAAUUUUCUGGAGCAUGCUCCAAAAGACUUAUAUGCGUUCGUCAACCUUGUCACACGGAGAGAAAAAUCAAGCGUUUGUAGUAAGACAUGGUCUAUACUUAAAAAGCACGGCGCUGUUUAUACUCGAUUUGUAUAAACAGCAAGAAGGAGAAAAUAUUAAUUCUAAUGUUAAAAGCGUCACCACCCCUACAGAGGUCACAAAUAGUAUAAAUGAGAAAAUAUUGACACCCCCUCCGAUUGAUACUAUAGCAUCGAGGGUUGUUACCAGACGUCGUAGGAGGGAGAGAGAGAAAACAAUUGAUGUGACCAGGCGUACAUUGGGGGACAUCCCCUCCACACCUACGAGUAGGAUAAUCAACGAAUCCCCUGUUUCAUCUUCGUCACAUUUAUCGAGACGUCAAAUGAGGGCCAGGAGGAGAACCCUCAUUAGUGACAAUGCCGUGGUGGGGACCAUUGAUAUUGAGAACGGACUUGCCUCCCUCUCAGAGUAUCAUGAGGGCUCUUACGACCUACCGUUGCAGCCUCCGGUAGUAAUACCACUGGUCAACCUCCACCAGCGAGGGCAGUCCGCCUCUCCCGAUCUGGUCCCCACUGUUGGUACUCCUGAUAGGGUCUUAGGCGAAUCUCCUUGUCAACUGACCUGGCCCUCCCAAACACAAGAGACAUCUAUGAACAGGGAGGACCUCAUCGCAACAUCAUCAGGGGAUGUCCGCCCCUCAACGAGCGUUGAUGUAGCACAUAUUGUGCUUGUAAAUGAUUCUCUCCCUCCCUUAGAGCGUAAUGAGAAUGUGAGAGUGCAUGUAAGAAUGAACGAGGUUCGGGACGAAGGAGCGCGCAUCCUAGAAAAUUCAAAACAGAUUAAUAGUAGUAAUGCCCUUCAGGCAAUCGCAAAUGAUUUUAUUGAAUUUGCGCGGCGAUUCCAACCUCCAGCUCAAGAGGAAAGGGGCACGAAUAUAAACAAAGGCCCAAAAAAUCUCGGUGCCCUUUCCAAAACUAAAUUAGCAACAAGGUUGCAAAAAAUGUACCGUAAAAAUAAAAAAAGGGCGGUACAAGAGAUACUUAAGGGCAAUAGGAGUGAGUGCAAAAUCGGAAUCUCAGACAUUCAGAAGCACUUUACUAACAUCUUUAAAGCCCCUACGCUGAAUGUCGAUAGUCUCCCUAGAGAUUUCGAUUUUGGUCUAACGGAUGUUGCCAGUAAUGAUAAACUCUCAGUGGUACUUUUGCCCACUGAGGUGAUCAAAAAAUUAAAAUUCAUUAAAAAUACGGCUCCUGGCCCAGAUGGAAUAACAUAUCCUACGCUGCUUAAGGCAGACCCAUCUGGGACCAUACUGUCGAACAUCUAUUCUGCUUGUAUUGCUCUCUGUGCGAUUCCUGAUUCCUGAAAGGAUUCAAAAACUAUUCUAUUACAAAAAAAGGGGGACCUUUCCAGGAUCAACAAUUGGAGAUGGCGGAAGCACCAAGAAAAGGAGAAUCGUCAAAUGCUUACGAUAAGGAAAACUAUGUAAGUCCUAAAAAUGAUAACUAAUUAUAGUUGCGUCUUUUGCAUUUUAAAUAAUAACUAGCGACGUAUACGUACCUCACAAAAGUGAUGCACACUUUCUUACACUUUAACUCCUAACCUGCACGGCCUCCGGCAGAUAAAAGUCUAAAUUAGGUAUUCAUCAGUGGCAGUAGUGCGAAGAGAGGGCGGGAGUUGUCCCUCGCUUGUAGUAAGGGUUGGGGGGGGGGGGGUAAAAUUAUUAUUCCUCCAGGUGCUAGGGCGCAAAUAACAUUUAGAUUGCGAAAUGCCCUCCAAAAUUUCUAAUUAAAAUCCCUUUUGAAUAAAAAAAACCAGGACAAAGUCUUCUUGAUGUAGCCAUCCCUUUUGAGAAUGGUCCGGAAGCCUUCAAGACUGUAAAGGAGCACAAUAAACAGCAUAUAUGCGAGAUUCAUGAAGAAGUUUGUGGUCUAUGACGUCCUUUAUGCCAGCGUGAAUAUUCUGGACCACACUUUUCUAAAGUUUAUGGAACUAGAUAUGAAUUUUUUAAGUAAAAAAUUCAGAAAUAACAUUUGUGAAGCCGAAAAUCAUCACUUGACAUUGGUUAAUAAUGAAAUUGAGAAUAUCUUCUCGGAGAUGAAAUUAUUAUUAUUAUAAUAAAUGAAUUAUGUAUGAAAGAUCAACCUAACAAAUAUACUACGUUGUUAAAGAAAAAACCAUAUAUUUUUUCCUUGCAAUAGAAAAAAAUACUUUUUCUUCUAUUUUAAGACCUCGUCUAGAACUAAUAACAAAAGAUUUAACGAAGCGUAUGACUGCGGUGUAUAUAAUGAUGAGAUAUCCUAUUUCCAUGAGCGGGUGAAACUAUUUUGUUUCUUAUAUAGAUAUAUUUCUCUAACAAGUUUUAUAGUGGACAAAGUGUAUUUAUUUUAAAACAUCUUUUUAAAACUGUGCAUGCAUGGAUCCUGCUUCUACUUCCUCACACAUUAAGAAUUGUAUUUAUAUUGUUUCUAAAAAUGGAAUUCUCUUUUAAUAAAUAUACGCGCAUUCAAAUAUGCCUAUAAUGAGCUUAUAAAAACUCAUUAAAAUGCAUUAAGGAAAAAAUUUAUUCUCACUUUACAUUCCAUGAAAGUGAGCCAUGCAGAUUAAUUAAAAUUGCAAUUGCAAAUAAAAUUGUAAAUUGGAUAAAGAAAAACGUUUUCUUUUUGAAACAUUUUCCUUUAGCGAAUUACUAGAUAAGAAACCCUUACGGAAAAAAAUGACACUCAUGAGUGUCGUAUUUUGAGUGUGGUUAUUGCAAUUUACUGUUUCUGUAUUCAUGGAUACAGAAUUUUUAAUUUUUGUGUGUUAUAAAAUUCUGUUCUUCAAAGUGUAGUUAGUAAAUUUUCUCUCUGUUGAUUCUGUCAAAAUGAACAAUUAACUGCAACUAAAUUUCGUACUACUCUAAAUCUGAAUUAGUAAAAAUUUAACCAUUUUAAAUUAUAUUUAAAUAAAAGUUUGCCUCAAGUUCUCUUUUCAUAAAUUUAGUGACAUGUCCGAUGCAAUGAACAUUUAAGUAAACAAGCCAUUGGAUGUAAAAUAUUAUAUAUGAUAAAUGUCGGGUGCUACAUUGUAUUAGAAAUGUGAAAGCACAAAAUAUAUAUACAACUGAUCCAACAAACAAUUUCAAUAAAGAAUUACAAUAUUUCGAAAAAUCUACAAGUUUUGUACUUUCAAAUGAACGAAAUAUUUUUUUAAAACAUAUUUUUAUAA